AUGGCGCCCCCGAGUGGGAUAAACGCUACAGUGAUUGAUGCCAAAGAGAUAGAAGUCCGAUGGGGGCCACCUUACAUCGAUAAAAACCAGGGCAGUCAUGGCGAAACGUGUGAUACGGAAAGACGCCAGAUUCUAGGGCAACUAUCACCAGGUACUCUUCAUGAUAUACGCAUGCGCGCAAAGGUCAGGCAAGAAGCUUCGUUUGGUUCCUGGUCAGAAAAUGUCACAGUCGGAACGUUGGAAGAAGCACCGACGGGGCUUGUAGAGCAUAUAACACAGGACAGCCAGAGGAUUGCAGGCCACCCCUAUGAAAGGAAAGUCCGUCUCACUUGGAGUUGGAGAGGACCGGAUAGGAGUUUCGUAUCGACGUCCUCUUGGGGCUAUGUAAUUGAGCUUCCUUCAUUGCCACGCAACUGGACUACAAACAGAACAUCUUUCACUAUUCCAGAUGUGGACCCAUUCUCAGAAUAUCUUGGAUUUAUAUCUGCAUUCAACAGUGCUGGUCAAGGAGGGAAGGCAUCCUUUCACCUACCCGAUAUGACUAGUCAGCCUCAAACUCCAAGAGCGAACUUUACGAUCACUCCGACAUCAAUCACCCUUUCGAUACCCACACCAGACCAACCUAAUGGUGUCAUCAUCAGAUACGACAUCCGCUGGAGAAACUACAAAACGGAAACAUGGUAAGUGGUAAGAAUCAAGGGAUAGAUUCAAUGAUAAUUAAUACAUGGUGCUGGUUAUUUUACCCGACUGCUGAGAAAGCCUAAAUGCUUGUA